AGUUUGUUUUAUAAGCCCGCGCCGGCCACACGCUUGGCCACAACGAGUUUAAGAGUGGACGAGUUUACAAUAUUUAUUCGUACAUACUUGAUAAAUACAACAACUCUUACGAUGUUCAUGCUGGCUUUCGUUUUCGUUAUCAGUGCCCAUACCUUACAUACCUCUUAUGCUGCGGUCACGAAAAACGCUGUUGAAAAUGACGAUGUUCCUGAUCCGUGCAAGGACCUAACAUACUGCACUAUUAAACCUAAGGACUAUCCAGAUGAAAAAUUCAAAAACAUUUUUAAAAAUUAUAAAGUUCUGCCUCAACCAGCAAUGUUAGUUGAAAUCAACAACCGGUUAGGUGAAGACGACUCUGACUGUGAAAGUGAAGUGACCUAUGAGCCCCUUUACAGGGUCAGGCCGAAGAGAGACGAACCGUGGCGUUUAGUAAUCCAAGUUCCUGAGAAGAACUACAGUCAACGCAUACGUAUCGAGAGAUGCACGAACCCAGGAGCGUCUUGUUUCAAGGACCUCAAGCCUUAUGAAGAAUACAAGACCUAUUGCAAACAGAAGACUAACGUGUGGGAAUUGUUAGUCGCUAAGGGAGAUAACGAAACUGAGACGAUUAAGGCUGAGUUGCCAGUGUGCUGCUCUUGUCAUUACAAGCCAGUUGACUUUAUGAGUAGAUUUGGUAUAUCUAAGAAAUAAAUGAUUUAUCGAUUAUAACCUUUAAGGACUGCGGAGAAGCUAGUUUUACCAAAAUAUUACUUAUUUUUAUAAGUAAAUUAUAAAAGGAAAUUUAUUUACCAAAAUUGCUUGAGUAUUAUUUAUUUUGUUGGAAUUUUCCUUACUUUAGAAUACUCACAAAUGAAUAAGUAAGAGUAGCGAAAGUGAACUUAGUUUUUAGUAAUUUAAUUUAAUUGUUUUCUAUCCGCUUACUAAUAUAGUCAUGUACGUACACUGUGUUGAUUCCUUGUUCUAUUUUACUAAACUCUAGAUCUAGAAAUAAUUAUUUUUGAGUGACCAAAUUUGUUGAAUGAAAAAUUUUAUAUUAUAGUAUAUAAUAUAUACAUAUAAAAUAGUAUGUACUCAUACUUGAGAACAAUCAAUUAAAAAAAAACAAUUGUUUGGAUAGUGUUUAUAAGCAAUGUAUUCUGUCAAGGUCAUUGUGUCAUCCCUGUAUUACACAAUAGAGAUAAACUUAGUAAACUGAUGUUUAAGUUUAUCAACAAAGUCACAAAUUAUUAGCGACUAAAAUAUACUGAUUCACGAUUA